UUGUCAGUUUUAGUUUGGCAGCACAUGCGGCGUAUGAGUGAUGCUACAAAUUUACUACCACUGGACGCCGUUUAAUAACUCGUACAAAUCGACGAUAAAUAAUAACUGAAUUUCGUCAAUACCUCUCUCUCUCUUUCACUCUCUGUCGUAAUCUGUUACAAAUUAUUGUAACUAAUAAUGAGGGCAUUUCAAGAGCUUAACUCAUAAGUAUAAUCCGACACGAUCCACACAUUAGGGCAAAGUAACAACACAAUUAAAGAUUAUUUAUUAUAUUUCUAAGACUACACGUAAAUACUAAGUUUAACAGUUGCUAAUUUAAAUCUAAAGAUGCUUUAUAAUUGUUCUUUUUAUUUCUGUGCAUUAUGAUGAAACCUCAUUUGAAAUUUUGGAAUGUGAGAAAACACGAAAAGCAUUUUAGAUUUUAGGUCACAAAAUGACGUACUACUGCGACGCACUCUAUGCCCUCAGCAAUUGAAUGAAGCAUAUUGUUAUAAACAAUCUAUAGAGAUCCGAGAGUACAUUAACAAAGCAUACAAUGAAUACUACAACAAUCAACAUGUUCGUUGCCAAAAAAAAAAAAAAAUUGAUUUUAGACAAAAACUGGUUUGCUCGCAUCCGGAUAAUUGAUACAAAACGCGUAGGUCAAAAAACACUAACGAUUUGACCAUUUCUCUAGCCAUCUCGCUUGCGCCUUGUAAGCCCCGCGGCUUUAAUUAAUAACAUAUUUAAUAUUCCUGAAGCGACAUUACUAUGAUGCUGAGACGCCCGAUCACCUCCGGUAGCCGACAGGCUCCAGAUCCCUAUGAUCAAUUCCUGGAGAGUCGCUGCAUGUACCGCAAGCAUACUGCCAGGGAUGCAUCAUGCCUGUUCCGAGUUAUAGCGGAGCAGAUGUACGAUACUCAGAUGCUGCACUAUGAGGUGCGUUUGGAGUGUGUACGUUUUAUGACGCGGAAACGUCGUAUAUUCGAGAAGCAUGUGCGCGGCGAUUUUGAUUCUUAUAUGUUGGACAUGGCGAAACCCAAAACCUAUGGAACUGUGCUCGAGUUGCGCGCCCUUUGCUACAUGUAUCACCGGAAUGUUAUAUUGUUUGAGCCGUUUAAUUUGGGCACAGCAGUCACUUAUAACAAACGGUUCAAGGACGAUUUUUGGGUAUUUAACGCUAAUGAGUAUCAUUUUGAUUCCGUCUUUACUGUGGACUACAUUGAAAUGGCGGCCAUUUGUCAGUCCAUUUCCUUUAAGCUGCUCUACAAAAUGCUCUUUAAAUUACCUGACGUUACUUAUGCUGUUGAGAGGAUGUUGCAUCCGCAGACAUUCAAUUGCAACAACUUCGAGAUGGAGAUCGAUGGAAAAGGCUACAUAACUCGCAUGAUCGGUGGUGAUGGUCGGACCUUUCAGCUGGAUUUGCCAGAGGGAACCAAGUGUAUAUUGGAGAACUACAAGCUGUGCCAGUUUCAUUACAAUCCCAAGCCGCCAAAACAUCACAUGGCACUACAAUCUGCUGAAAUGAGUUCAGUUACUCUGUCAUCGAUGUCAGAGGGAAGUACCAGGCGCUUGGAUAUGUCAAUGAUUGACAGUUUUCUGCCCGGCAUAAGCACAGAAAUGAUGUAUAUGUGUCCCAAUCGUUUAAACUCUUGUGUGCGCCAAUUACUGGAAGAAGGCAUCACUCCUUUUCCGUAUAAGGUGGCCAAGUCGCUGGAUCCUCAUAUGUAUCGUAAUAUUGAAUUUGAUAGCUGGAACGAUAUGCGCAAGGAGGCCAAGCGGUAUAAUAUCUAUGCCAAUGAUUACAAUUUCAAGGUGGGUGCCAAGUGCUACGUAGAGCUACUGAGUGAUACUGAUCCACAAAUGCAUACGUGCCACAUUCAAGAGAUUGGUGCAGAAAAAUCUCAAUGCGUUGUCUAUGUCGAGAAAUUUGCAAAGAAUUAUUUGGUGCCAUAUGGCUCAUUGCACCCUGUGCCACCCGACGAGUUCCGUCCUUGGGCGGUGCCGCAUCGCUAUCAGCGCCAGAUGCAGCGUGUUCACCUGGCCAAGAUUGUGCACAAGCCCAAGUUUCACAAGUGGAAGAAAUCCAAGGUCUUUGAUAUGGGCAAUUAUUUUGAGGCCAAUAAUUGUGACGUUAUGCAGUAUCUGCAGAUGGAUUCCUGCUACGGUUUUCAACAAAUCCACAAUCAGCAAGCUGAGCAGCAGCAACCGCUUGGGCAGAUUCACGAUCCUGUCGAGGGCGGGGAGCAUCGCCAUCAGCAGCAGCAGCGGGAGCAACGUUUUCAGUCCCGAACCAAUUCGUCACGACUUCAGCAUCCACAGGAGCCACAGCUGUCCAUGAUGUCAGGUGGAGGAGCAUCAGAACCAGGAACAGCACAUGCCGGACCAUUUGUUAACUAUAUGCCGAUGUCAGCACGACCAACACCUGUUCAAGUGCCACCGCCGUGGCUUGGCUCACCGUUGAGCAUGCCAGAGGAGAUUUCAGCUGGGGUUUAUCCAGGGCCACCAAUACCAUCAAACGGUUGCAUGUUGAUGCACUUUGGGGGAUUUGCGCCACCACCGCCCGUUACACAACAAGUGGCGCCACCGUUUGGGGCUACCCCAAUUAUGUUUGGACCGCAGCCUCCAUUACCAGGACCCUUAAUGAUGCCCCCGCUCGGUGGUCACCCCAACAACAACAGCUGCUCUGACGAUCAGUCGGAGGUGCGUCGAUCGAUGCAUGUCAGUGGUGAGGAGUUGCCUGCUGAUUUGGACACUCUGCGCUAUUUCUACAACAUUGGAGUGGAUACACACAUGCGUUUGUUUAAUGGUAACAACCAAAACCAAUACAACACGGACCAACCACAACAACAACAACAGCAGCAGCAGCAGCAACAACAAAACCAACGUAAUGAUGAGACUGCUGCUUUGGUGGUAAAUACCACACCACCGCCCUCUCCAAAUGUUGUGACUGCAACUAUAAGCACAUCCUCAUGCACAUCGGGCACUGAACCAACCGGGGACAAGGCACGCGCCCCUCGCGGCAAGCGUGGCGCUUUCAACAAAGGUCGUACCAAGCGACCACAACAACUGUACGACCUUAACAAAGACAAUCAACAACAGCUAUCGCAUGUCAUGAUGCUGCCCACCCCAACUCCAUCGCCGAAUACAAACGGCAAUCAAUUCAACUUCUAUCCGCCGCCGCAGGCGCCACUUCCAUCUCCACAGCAAAUCCCAUUGCGCCCACCGAUUUUCUUUGCUUCUCACAAAGGUGGGCAGAAUCCCUAUGCCUGGGGCAUGCCGCCACCUCCGGGUGCAGCUAAUAUGAUUGGAAUGCCAUUCGAGAUGGUAAGCAAUCAUAGCUUGGACUCCAAUGUAGUUGCCAGUGCCCAGCAGCAACCGCAGCAAUUGCAGCCACAAGCCGCCUAUAAAUCUCCUCAUCACUAAACCGCCGACUCGAAAUUAUUUUUAUACAAAUUUAACAUCAAACUUUGCAAAAUGUAACAUGUUGCAUACACAAAAACUAUGUAAAUUCACACUAAUGGACUUAACUUAAGUUAACUUCAUAUUCCUUAACGACUUUUUAAAAUCGCUCACAAAUUAUUCACCGUUUUAAAUUUGUAUUAUAUAUAAUGCAUACAAAUAUUUAUCAUGUUUACAUUACAUAUUUUAAUAAUACUUUCUGAACGAUCAUCCGAAUCAGACAUACAACGUAUAAGCAAACGUCAUAAGCACUACAUAAAAUCCUAACCAUUUUUGCACUAUUUAACACAAGAAAUUCAACAAUUUUAAAUGUGUAAUUUAUGCAAUUUUUUUUUUCAAUUUUACUAUUGCCCAAUACUUUAACAAGCAAAAAACAAAAAGAAUAAUAAUAAUAAUGUACACAUAUACAACAUAUUUAUACAUUUUUAAAGGUUUUUGAUUAACAAUAAUUUGAGCACAAAGCUGCUGGCAUUUAUUAUGUAAGCCAAUAACAAUUUUGAUGUUUAUAUAUAUAUAAUAUUCAUCUAACAGCCAACAACAAGUAAAAUUACAAAUAAAAACCGCGCAAGACACACAAAAGUAACGGAAAUGUUGGUUAUUGAAGAGAUUUUGUACGUACGUGGUAUUUUGAUAGCUGUGCAGUUAUCUUCUUAAUACAAAACUUAAAAGUUUUCACUUGGUAUUAGAGCUAUGAGGUAUUAACCAAAACAAUUUACUCAUUUAAAUAACCUUGCCGCUGGUCUUGGAACUUAAAGCUUUGAUGAUAAUUAAGAAAAAUAUAAAAAAUGCAGUAUUUAUCUACGUUGAAGCGAGAAAGAGCUUAAUCUUUUCUAACUCUGAGACGCAGUGUUCCGAUUAAUUGAUUUAACUCAUUCAAAAAAACUAGUUAGUCAGCAUUAAGUGUUUUGCAAAAAUUCUAUUUUGUUCUCUUUAAUUGUUAACAGGUGCUUAUUCUAAGAACAUGCUUAAAAUGUAAUGAGAUCCCUAGGGUUUACAAAUUGAUUAAAAUAGUAAACAAAUGUGAA